ACUGUUUUACUUUUGUUGUUGUUAGAGUAGACAUUUCGCUAGGUUACAUUUUCUAGUGCUUCCCAUCGACGGGUUAAUUUAUAGCCAAAAAAGCAAGUGCUAGCUUUCAGCCGCCAGUUCAACAUGAUAAGCUUUCUGUUCAUUGCCAAUCGCGCACUCAGCGCAACCAGUUCAGCGAUGUCGCAAGCUAUCAUCAGCAACGGUCCACGCCCCCUCGUGCUCUGCGGCCCCUCGGGCUCUGGCAAAAGCACGCUGCUGAAGCGUUUAUUCGCCGAAUUUCCGGAUAAAUUUGGAUUUAGCGUGUCGCACACAACACGGCGACCACGCGAAGGCGAACAAGAUGCGGUGCACUAUUAUUUCGUGAGUCGCGCCGACAUGGAGAAGGCGAUAGCCAACGAUGAGUUCAUCGAGACGGCCGAGUUUACGGGUAACAUGUACGGCACCAGCAAGAUGGCCGUGCGCGAUAUACAGAAGCAGGGACGCGUCUGCAUACUGGACAUUGAGCAGAAGGGCGUGGAGCAGAUCAAGCGCACCGAUCUCAAUCCCAUACUCAUCUUUAACAAUCCCCCAAGCAUCGAUGAGCUGGAGCGUCGUCUGCGUCAGCGUGGCUCCGAAACGGAGGAGACGUUGCGCAAUCGUCUCAAUGCCGCCGAAGUGGAGAUUGCCUACGGCCUGGAGCCGGGAAAUUUCCAUAAGAUCAUCAAUAAUGUGGACAUCGAUGUGGCCUACGAGGAGUUCCGUGACUUUGUUGUCGCCGAGCUGAAGCAGCAGGAGGCGCAGGGAGUGCACUUUAAUUGAAAGUGUCGCAG